GAUUCACAGAAGAGUAUCAAUAAGACUCGGAGAGUUAUGGCCGGCGUAGACGCCCCAGAACAUCGUUAUCCAUACGUUGUAGCUCUCGCCCGAUUUUAUCCGGAAUCUGACGAUAUUGCCAGAUUCUGUACCGGCAGUCUGAUAGCCAACAACUGGGUGUUAAUAGCGGCUCAUUGUUUUGCUGUGUUCGACAUAGUACCGAUCAACACAUGCAUCAUAAUGUUCGGAAAUCUAACAAUUACACCGAACAAAAAUAACUCCGCUAAAAUACUGCAAGCGAUAUCCCACGUAAGAUUUCACAAAGAGCGUUUGAAAAAUGACGUCGGGUUGUUGUUAGUUGAACACGUGGAGUUAAAUAGCUACGGUAAAUUAUCGCCAAUAGAUUACGUUGCCCUGAUUGGUCGUACCUUAAAAUACGUUGGUGCUGGAUUGACUUCUUCAGAUUACGAAAUAGAGCAUUAUCCUGUGAAAACGAGGAUAAAGAUAAAGAAAGAUUCAGUGAGGCCUCUUCAAGUGGGUGAAGCUUUAGCAGUGUCGUGUAUGAGAUGGGAGAAAAGGAUGGUUGGAUUUAGUACUGUAUCUAUCUAUAACAACGCUUUGAUAUGUCUGCGAAGUAGGUGUUCGAAUAGACUGGGAGGGUCUCAGAGUGGGGAUUCAGGAGGGCCUCUGCUGUAUGAUGACAAAAUCGUCGGCAUCGCACACGGUUCCAUGCCCUCAAAUACUUAUGAGUUUUUCUACACAGCUGUGAGCCCACACUUGGAUUGGAUACUACGCACGGUGGCUACGAAACGAUAGUCAAUAAUACAACUCUUAGGCACCAGUUUGUGAGGAAAUAAAUAGUACUUUUUAAAUUAAAUUUGGAUUCACUAUAGAACAAGUUAAGAAGUGAAGAACGAAAGAGAGGAAGGGGAAGACCAAUAGCUUACAGGGAACAAAUUAAAGAGAAGGCGAACGUUGUGUCUUAUAAAGAAGUUAAAGAAUUGGUCUAGGAUAGACAAAGUAUGGAGAACGCUACAUUGACAAGAGCGUGGCUCUUAAGUUAGUAAGUUGAAAAUGUUAAAUCUACGAUAAAGGAACUUGCAUUUGAGUAUCGUGCGAAAAUUUUAAACUGUGUGAUUAUGCGGCUUUGAAUGUGUUAUGUGUGUGUUCUGACUUUUAUUGAAAUAAGUCUUAUAUUAGUCUUAUAUUAUUGUGUUAGACAUGGAAAAUUACAAAUACAGAUAUACACACAAACAAAUAGACUAUACUUAAAUCUGAAAGCAACACCCUCUGCCCGAGCUACGUUAUAUAUGCCGGAUAUACAUUACAUUACCGAUCGUAAAUUCACGAUACGGUUGAUUCACAGUUAAAAAUAAAAUGCGUUGGGAUGCUGAGUGGGUUACAAGACCAAUACUUUCAAAUGAAAUCACUUAAACUCCGCCAUUCAAUUAGCCACGUUACAGAUUUGACAAAAAUAUUGAGAAUUGAGUUGUUUAAAGCCCUAGCCGGGAUUCGAAUCCUCACGGAUCUUGUGAUGGAUGUACUCUGAAUACUCCAAUUGGGAUAUAGUUAUAAGCUUUUUUUAAUUUAUUUAAUUGACUCACCAACAGUUACUACAUUUAUACAUGGUUACAAUAGCAUACAACUUAAUUAAUUUAAUGGCCCCGAUUCCUGCAGACACCUCCUAAUUUUACUUUAAGUUAUUCCUGUCAUUUUCUUAUCGGCCGAAAAGGAAAGGGACGGAUGUAUGUCAACAAGUUAAUUUAAAAAUGAAUGAAUAACCCGUGCGAAUAAAAUAGGCAUCUCGCUGGUAUGCAAUCCUUUUGACGUGCUGUCUACUUCA